CUGCCAAAUUAAACAAUUUAAAAGUUAUUGGGCGAAAGUGAAAACUGAAUUUAGUGGAAGGAUUCUCGUUUCUCUUCGGUGUACCAAUUCAUCCGAUCUACCAUCUCUCUCUACCGCUCAUUUCUCAGCCAGACGGUCGUAUACUAUAUUGCUCUCAGCCAGACGCUGAUCUCUCUCUACCGGCGUGGUCGGACGCAGUCUACACCACGCCGUUCAUCUAAUAUGCUGCGUGAAUAGAUCCAGCUUAGAGGGUGUUCAGGAAAGUACUUUUUUAUGAGAUACCAUGUCGUUCAAGAGCAUUGUACGCGAAUUGAAGGAGAUGAAAGACUCGAUAGGGAACAGAUCGAGGAGAAGUUUGGAAGGGAGGCAUUGGCUAAGCAGGACACGAGCACAUAUAGCGCCGGAUGUGGCACCACCUUCCGAUGAUCCGAUUGAGCAAGGAAAUUGGGCAAACUUACCACCUGAAUUGCUUUUGGAUAUAAUUCGGAGAGUUGAAGAAAGUGAGAGUUCUUGGCCUGCCCGGACUGUGCUUGUCUCAUGUGCCUCGGUUUGCAAGUCUUGGAGAGGAAUCACUAAGGAUAUUGUAAAGACCCCAGAGGAAUGUGGAAAGCUUACCUUUCCCACUUCUCUUAAACAGCCUGGCCCACGCGAAUCCCCUAUCCAGUGUUUUAUCAAAAGAGACAGAGCUUCUUCAGUUUAUCGCUUGUACUUUGGUUUGGCUCCAUCUGAGGAUGCAAGUGAUAAGUUAUUGUUGGCAGCCAAAAAGAUCAGAAGGGCAACCAGCACAGACUUUGUCAUAUCUUUGGUUGCAGAUGAAUUUUCACGAGCUAGCAAUACAUAUGUUGGAAAACUGAGGUCCAACUUUCUUGGUACCAAGUUUACGGUAUAUGACACCCAACCCACAAGCGGUUCUGCCAUACCACUGAAUCAGCUCAGCAGAAGAUUUAAUGCCAAACAAGUAUCUCCCAGAAUACCUGCCUGUAAUUACUGCAUUGCCACUGUUUCCUAUGAGCUGAAUGUCCUACGCACCAGAGGCCCAAGGAGAAUGCAUUGCGCUAUGCACACUAUUCCCGCCACUUAUAUCCAGGAGGGGGGGAGUGCUCUUACAACAGAAACAUCAUCGGAUUCUAAAAUCAAGGAUCAGCAGAUAGACGAUGAGCCUAUCCCCAUCGAGUAUUCACGGGACCCGCUUGUGCUCAAGAACAAGUCACCCAGGUGGCAUGAACAGCUACAAUGCUGGUGCUUGAAUUUUAAAGGGCGUGUUACUGUGGCGUCUGUCAAGAAUUUCCAGCUUGUGGCAGCUUUUGAUCCUUCUCACAAUGUGCCGGCUGCAGAACAGGAGAAGGUGAUCCUGCAGUUUGGGAAGAUUGGGAAAGAUAUAUUCACCAUGGAUUACCGCUACCCACUGUCUGCUUUCCAAGCUUUUGCAAUAUGCUUGAGCAGCUUUGACACAAAACCGGCCUGUGAAUGAUUUGUUCAGGUGAACUUGUAAAUGAUGAAAUGAAUGUCAUCUCAGUUCUUUUUUCGUUGUUGUUUCACAACGUCGUUGACUCAUGCCUACCAUAUUAUGGAAUAUAUAUCCUUUUGACAUAAUUUGUUGUACUUUUCAUUGAAGCGUCCAGGUUUGUUUGGCACGUCCAGUUGAAAAACUAACUGAAAUUUGAAAUUCUUGUGGCCAGAAUCUUAAAUGUGUUUGGGUAAAUUAGUUGGUUAGCUUAAAC